AGGGAUAUUACCCCCGCGAGCCAGCUAACCAAGCGAAGCUAGGCAAAUCAGUUUGUAGGCCUCCGUAUUGAAGCCUGCACCAUGUGGUUUGUGAAGGGCUCCAGUUUGUAGUAAACCGUUGUUUGGUUCGCCGUUCGCUGUGCGCUCGUUCAAUCGAUACCUCAGUCAUAUCGAGACGCCGAUCGCGUAGAGUGGGCCCAGCGAUGAAAGCAAAAUUGAUGCGAUCCCAGCCGUUGUGUCUUCGCUGGUUCGACUGCGGAAGCGUGAUAUACUGACAGUCAAGGAUUAAAUACGUGAAGCGGUGGUCAACGGAAAUGUACAAAAAGGACUAGUACGGUAUUUUUUCUCGACUGGACGCUGUCUUACCUGGAACCGGUUAAUGUUACUGACUCCUGCUGAUGCUGAGCAUGGUACAGGAUUUUCGACCAACUUAAUGCUUACCUCAAGGAUCCUACCUUUCUUUGACCUACUGAUGGCGGAAGUGUACCUCGACCCUUUGCUCCGGGGAUUCUGGGAAGGGUUUCCGUGCCCCCCUCCCUGGAAUACUGGACUUCUGCACCGAGUCAACUGGACUGGAUGUUUGGGGGAGAAUGUUGGCGAAAGAGUCAAACUGUUUAUGGUCGAUAAAUGUCGGAUUGAAGUCGAGGACGAUGAACCCCCUCUUCUGGACCAGGGAGAACGACUAGAGACAGAGAUCUGUGCUACGCCCUGUAAAGUGAUCAUUGUGUUGGCCUGUGUGUUGGUCGUCAUCGUGGUAUUGGCUGGGAUUAUGUUCUUUUUGCAUCGAAAACAAAAAGAGAAACCUCGGUCUCCUUCAAGUCCAAGCCACCAGACGGCGCUAAAUCCCGGAGAUAGCCGAUAUUACACGAGUUGUCACUACGCCUCGGCGCCCGUUGUGCCACGACAAGUAGAGACAACACUCCGUGGGAGUAGAAUGGAGACCCGGGUUUUGAAUGGGGACCAGUUACAGCAACCGUAUCCUCCCUUACCUCCAGGGGAACGUCCGUAUGGGCAGGUGCGCCCAGAGAUGGGUCUUCCCGUCAGCAACACCUUCACAAACUAUCGCAAACUGGAAGGAGAUUACACGCCGUCCACUGCUAGCCAGAGCAACAGUGAUAAAUCUCCUAUAUACGAGUAUAUAGAAGACUCGGACUCUAUCCGUGAUGACCGUCUGUCCAGACAUUCUAGGGACGUUUCUGCGUAUUGCGAAUGCCAGGAACAUGGUUAUAAUUCGCAAGGGUACAGCUCCGAUGGGAUAUACAGUGACCGAGGAACACAGACAACUCUGCCAAUCCGGCACUUUCAUCGACACGACGGACGCCAUGAUAGUCGUCACGAGAGAGACAUUCCAUACGGUAGCCCUCAGGAAAGCUUUGAUAUAGAUGAUUCCAGUAUGUCGAGGAGGGAGGCUCGAGGAGGGCAGCGAUCUCGACGGCGUCCAGGAUCUGGUACCUCCUCCCACGACAGCAGACACAGCUACAGAGAAGGGUCACAGAGGAGACAGAUUCCUGCCUUGCAUCCACACUAUUUCUGUCCCCCAGAACUCACUUACAGAUAACUUUUGAACAAGGUUUGGUUAUGAGUGCAGGACGCUUAAGAUGACAGGGUACUUGUAUGUGUAUGUGUGCCCCGAUAUCAUCCCAAACAAUUUAUUGUACACCAUUGUCUUUCUGUGCGCGCACGUGCGAGUGUGUGAGUCAUGUCUGCACGUAAAACAUGCAAUACCUUCAGUCAGUGGUGCACGCACGUGCUUUUGUAUUGCACUGUUGAAUAACAGGUUUAUUCCAGAAUAUCCACAGUAUUAAACUGACCUUCAAGCAACUCUUGCCUGCAAACUACGGGACAUGUUUGUGUUUGGAAUGAUUACGUUUCUUGAACAGUUUCAAGGAUAUUCAUGAAUAUGUGUCUCCGAUGACAGAAUGUGAACGUUCCUAUGUUGAUUUAUUCCACCUUUGUGUUCAGCAGCCCACUCGGUGGUGUUCAGUAUUGUCAAGUACUGCAAUAAUCCCCGGAAACUGUGCUUUUUUAUUCUACUUGUAUAAGUUGGAAGGUCUUGCUUUAAACAACUCGACUUGUACAGGAGGUAGGGAAGAUUGGUGAUGUUAAACUUAUGUUGCCUUGGUUGAUGUUGCUUUUGAAAGGAAGUGCUAGAGAAUCGUAAAUAAUAGUAUUUCUUUAAUUCUCAAACACAACUGAUGACAAGACGUUGGGAGAAUCGGAUCUCGACCAAGUUCAAAGAUAACAAAGUCUUGAUAUUUAAUAUAUGGCACUAUUUUGCCCAAUAUAAGAGCAACUUUAACUGAAAUUGUUCCAUAGCAUAGAAAUAUUGCUAAUUAUUCAGAACCGCCUACAGAUGUUCAGACUAGAUAAUUGAUCCUGUCAAUAGUUCUACACAAAUUGUCACGUCUGUAUUGUUAUCGAUUAGAAGAUCGAAGAUGUUGAUUAGUUUAAGGAGCGAUGAAGUAUAUUUUGAAUGAAGGACUGAAACUUCCAUGUGGCAAUUGAGAUAGGGGAUUAGGGCUUAUCCCUUUAUUUACACUAUGCAUGCUAACGCAUCAGCCAGAUCAAACCGUGCUAUCUUAGGGAGGCUGUCGUUGAAACCGUCUCUGCUGACCAGUAAUUGUACAUAAUGUUUGCGUCAGCCGCCAAGCCUCCCAUCCCCAAGUCUUAUCUCCUUUGUUACAAAGGUCAUACGUGUACAAAUUUAGUUUUCAAGAUUAAAAGCUCAAACAUCUAUGUAGCUUUAUCAAAAAUAUUGGAAAUAGCUGUAUACAACGAUGCGAUGAUCAUGUUAUUCGUUUUGAGGAAUUCAAAGUGUACUUCUCGUUCUACUGCAAUAUUGUUUUGAAUGUUUCAUAUGUUCAUGAAUCAUGUUGUAAGUGCAAGGAUAUUGGUGCAGAUGGGCUUCUUUGUUGUAAUGUUUGUAAGCCCAAACUGUGUGGAUGUAUAAACAUGGUGUAAAUAUCACUGUACAUAGCAACACAUUGUCAUGACAAUCAAUGUUUGUUGAGGGGACAUAGAGAAUAAACAUAUCUUGGAUAUAAAA